GUAAGCUGUUUUUUUAUUAUAUUAUUUUAAUAUCUUUAUGAAAAUUGAUUAUUUUUUCAUAUAUGUAAGAAAAAAGUUUACUAAAAUUAAAAUCUAUGUCAUAUAUGCGUUUGCCCAAGAAGCGGACAUCAUUCGCCGUUGAAGCGAACGGGUGUUCGCUUCAAGGGCUAAUGCAAAUUACAUGUUGACAUGUCAACUGUUUUGUGUUCUGGAAAAUACUGCGUACAUUUCUAUGCACGUCUUGUUGUGAAUAUCAUCUAGAAUAUGCCAAUAUAGAUAAAUACCUUCUGAGCUUAAACCUAAAUAUGCAUUUGUUUAACGACUGCAUCUGUAAACGGACUUUACAGAACGCAAUUUCACUUCCUCUGUGUAAAAUGCUAUAAAUUACUUAAUAUAUUAAGAAAAUAAUUAGGUCUGCCAUACAUGUAACAUUUCAGAUGCCUUACUCUCAAGAGGCCUUAUAUAGUGCUGUGGAAGAAGUGAAGCAUGGGUCAUUAAGCUUACGAGGUGCUUCCAAAAAGUACAAGGUUCCUGUGACAACUUUACAUGAUCACAAGUCUGGAAAAGUCGCACCGGGAGCAAAGAAGGGCAAAGAUCCACUAUUGUCUAUAGAUAAGGAGAAAGAUUUAAUAAAUUAUGCAAUGCAAAGAGGGGACAUGGGGAUUGGUUUUUCUAAGCAAACCUUUUUGCGUUUUACGGGAGAAUAUGCCGCUUCUGAAGGGGUAUAUUUUAAGGGCCGGGUAGCUUCUGAAAAAUGGUGGCGAGGGUUCAAGGUUCGUCACCCUUACUUUUCAUUAAGGACAGCAGAGUCUACGGCAACUGGCAGACACAUGUCAAUGACCCGCUCCCAUGUAAGUCAUUACUUUAGGGAAUUAAAGACAGUUUUGACUGAUAAUCAUAUCUUAGACAACCCAUCAUCCAUUUGGAAUAUGGACGAAACGGGGCUAUCAUUGGCACCAAAACCCCCUAAAAUCAUUGCCCGUAAGGGUAGCAAGAUUGUACAUGCUAAAUCGUCCAACUCAAGAGAGAUGAUAACUAUAAUAGCAUGUGGAAAUGCAGCUGGGAGCAUCAUACCACCACAUGUUAUUGUCCCAGGCAAAACAAAGAGAGCACUGCACAGUUAUGACACUGGAAAUGCCCCUGCGGGCACACAGUGCAGCGUCUCUGACAGUGGAUGGACUAAACAGGGGAUUAGCGAGCUUUGGUUCACAGAAACGUUCCUACCAAACAUUGGGCCUCAUAGACCUCAAGUGCUGAUUGUUGACGGCCAUGAUUCACACCACCAUGUUUGUAAUGUUCUCUUAUAG